AUGGCCCUCGCAUCUGAAACAUUGACCAAAAAGCCAUGGAUCGAAACACCCCUAAUUGAAUGCGCAUCCCUAUCCAAACAAGCAGGAUGCCGCAUAUUCCUAAAACUAGAGCUCCUUCAACCCUCAGGUUCCUUCAAGUCUCGAGGCAUCGGCAACCUGGUUCUCAAAUCCCUCACUCAACAAUCUACGAAGAAUCAAGAAACUCACUUCUUCAGUUCCUCGGGCGGUAAUGCAGGCCUUGCAGCUGUGCAUGCCGCGCGAGACCUAGGCCGUCCUUGCACGGUGGUUGUUCCGCACAGCACGAAACCACACAUGAUGUCCAAGCUACACGCCGCAGGAGCAUCAGAGGUACUACAGCAUGGCGAGAGCUGGUUCGAAGCAGAUCAAUACCUUCGACAGACGUUUAUUGAGGGCCAAGAAGGGAAUGUCUACGUGCCGCCCUUUGAUCAUAUGGAUAUCUGGGAGGGAGCGGGAGAGAUGGUUUCGGAGAUCGAGACACAAUUGGGAAGUGGGGAGGGGGGCUUUCCCGCGGAUGUGAUUGUUUGUAGUGUUGGUGGAGGGGGACUUUUGAAUGGGGUGGUUGAUGGGCUAGAGAAAUGUUUGGCUAAGGGAGAGAAGAGGGGUGACGUUCGGGUUAUUGCCGUUGAGACGGAGGGAGCGAAUGCGUUGGCACAUUCGCUUCGAGAGAGGCGGUUGAGUUCGUUGAAAGGUAUUACGUCUCAGGCUACGUCGCUUGGUGCUUUGAAAGUAGCGGAGAAGGCGUUUGAGAAUACCAUAUCGCCACCGAAGGGGGUGGUGGUUGAGAGUGUCGUCGGGUCGGAUGCUGAAGCUGCGAGGGGCGUGUUAAGACUUGCAGAUGAGAUGCGGUUGCAGGUGGAGUUGGCAUGUGGCAUUAGCUUGGAGGUUGCUGUCAAUGGGAGGUUGAAGGAUGUGGUUCCGGAUUUGAACCCUCAGACAAAAGUCGUCGUGGUUGUUUGUGGUGGGAGUAAUAUCUCUGCAGAGAUGAUUGCGGAGUAUAGAGACCGACUUGAGCAGGGGUGGAAUUAG